AUUUUCUUCUUUUGGAUUUGGAUUUUGCCCCUUUCCCUUUCCAAGAUCUAAAGAAAAGAAAUCACCCAAUCAAUCUCUCAGGAAAGAAGAACCCAAAUCCUCCUCGGAAUCUCCUCUCCCUUUCUUAGAAAUCAAAGCGAAAGCCCCCACCCACCUCACCUCACCACACCACACCACACCACACCACACACCACACCACCUGAUCUGAUCAGAUCAGAACAGAUCGGAUCUCUUCACCCUUUUUCUCCCUCCUGUUAUAAAAGUCUCCAAGAAACGAACAGUCUUUACCUCUCUGUCCUUCUUCUUGUUCUUCUUCUUCUUCCUCCUCCUCCUUUUCUGAGCUUCUCUGAGCAUAUCCUCUUCUUGGUCUCUGAGCACCCACAUAGGAGAAAGAAGCACAUGGCGUCUGCCGGCGAGGUUCUCCGGCGAAACUUGCCGGGAAAUGUGGAUCCUUGUGGUAGGUCCGGUAAAGGGUCGCCUGAACUCCACGUUCUUGCUGUAGAUGACAGCCUUGUAGACAGGAAGGUCAUUGAGAAGUUGCUCCGGAGCUUAUCUUGUAAAGUCACAGUUGUGGAAAGUGGGAGCAGAGCUCUGCAGUUUCUGGGGUUGGAUGGGGAGAAGAGCUCUGUCGGAUUUGAUGAUCUGAAGGUUAAUCUGAUCAUGACCGACUACUCGAUGCCCGGAAUGACCGGCUAUGAACUUCUCAAGAAGAUAAAGGGAUCAUCGGCCUUGAGGGAGAUACCUGUGGUGGUUAUGUCCUCCGAAAGGAUCAUUGCUCGUAUUAACCGGUGCUUGGAGGAAGGGGCCGAGGAGUUUCUGGCAAAGCCGGUCAAACUCUCCGAUGUCGAACGGCUCCAAGAUUCCUUACUAGAGGAGGAGCAGAAGAAGUUUCCAAAUCAAGUAAAAGAAAGUUUGGAAUUGAUGAUUGUGAACCCUCCUCUCCCUCAUCUCCGUUGUGCGAUAGUUCAUCUUCGUCCUCAGAGCAGUCUUCUCCUUCGCCGAAGAGAUCCAAAUGUGGACCGUAAGAGAGAUCAAUGGAUCAUGCGUCUGUACAUAAGAGUUUGGAGUGAUAUUUUUGCUUUCCUUUUCGGGCAAUAUUUUGUUGCUGGCGAGUGACCGGAUACAGAAAUCGCCCUGAAAUUUUAAGGAAAUGCAGAUUUAGAAUGUCCUAGUUACGCAGGAGGUGUAUGUCAACAGUCCAUACAAACGAUCGAUACCUUUAUUGAGGGGGGCAAUAGAUUUUUUAACAUCUUCAGAUGUUUGUUACUCGGGCACCUAAUUGGCUUCACUUCAGUCUGAAUCGAGUCUUUGAGUGAUUCUAUA